CUCCUCGGGUGUAGUAGUGCUGCCGUUCGGUUUGCUUCCAUUCAUUCGCAAUAUGGCCGGCUCGGGAGUAGGAUGCUGUUGUCGCUGUCGGCUGUCGCGUAACGCGUAAAGUCCCUUUGGUGCAUAGAAGCGUAUAGGGCACUAGUAAGGGUAGGGUUCGGUUCGGUUGGGAUCGAAGGAGAAAAAACUCGAUAUCUCGACUCCAGAAGGGGAUUUGUUUGUGAGCGAAGGAAGGGCAGCAGAAACGAGUGAUACCAGAAAAAAAAGGUAUUGAAAAUUGUGGUAAAAGUGUUAAAUUACUCGCAACUUAAAAGUGCAAAAAUCGCUGAUUUUGUGAAUGAAGGUUCGAUUAGAAGUGUGUGGUUACCGAUCCGUAGUGUCUCUGGCAAGUGCAGAGGGAAAAUUAAAGGAUGAAGUUUCGUGAUUCGGCCGUGUAAGGAGUGAUUUUUUCUUCCUUGAAAAAAAAGGAGAAUGUUGUAUUCGUGCUUUUUCCGUGUUGCUGGGUUUCUGGUUGCGGAUUGAAGAGAAAGAGUAGUGGGCGAGGCAGCGAGGAUAAAGAAAUUUCUGAGGAAAUUUGUAUGUUUUCCUGACCGUGUUUAGAGUGAACUUGAUAUAGUGUUCAGCUGAAAAUUGAAAUGAUAAAUAUGUUUGCAAAUCGCAAGGCACUUCGGAGCUUGCCGGCAGUCACAACUGUGGGCAGAUAUGGUGCAAGCAGCCGACAACGGAAUCUAAUCAUAUGUGGAAUUGUCUUUUCACUCAUGUUUACAACAUGUUACAGCAGUCAAGCGCUGGAGUUCACAAUCGAGCCAUCGGACGUGACGGUGCCGGAGGGAAAUUCUAUCCUGCUGCAAUGCGCCGGCAGAGUAGAUCCGAAGGUGCUACGAGAAGGGAAAAUUGCUCCCAAUAUUCGGUGGCGAGGGCCGGACGGACAGGACAUCGGCAUCGUGGGAGACACGUUCCGCUCGCAGCUGACCAAUGGGUCGCUCUAUAUAAGCUCGGUGGAAAACAAUCGCGGCCUCACCGGGUUCUACCAAUGCCUCGUCAGUGUGGAUGGCAUCGGAACGAUCGUGAGUCGAUCGGCCAGGGUUGCCAUUGUUGAUCUUCCGGAGAUAAAUCUGGAUUCGCACGAAAUCUAUUUGUACGCCGGCCAGACGGCGUACUUCAAGUGCAUGUCCAGUUCGUUGCCUCUAAGUCUGGGCAACCGCUACCAUAUCGAGUGGUUAAAGGAUGAAUCGCCGCUGCGAAUGGAUCUCACAAGAAUGAUUAUGCUUCCGUCGGGGGCACUAGAGAUCGACGAGGUGGUACCCGCAGAUAGGGGAACCUACCAGUGCAAUGUGACGUCUGGCACGUUUUCUAGGUUGAGUAGCAAAUCGAAUCUGAACAUCAAAUCGACCGCUGGCCAGCCUCAGAGCUUUGCUCCGCCUUCGUUCGUGAUAGUUCCGCAGCCUCAAACGGUACGGGAAGGAGACACAGUAAUACUGGACUGUGUGUCCAACGGCAAUCCCAAGCCAACCAUCAAGUGGCUGCGAAAUGGGGAAGAGAUUGAUAUGAACGAUUUGGACUCUCGGUUCCGGAUCAUCGGUACUGGUUCGCUGCAGAUUAAUUCCAUCCAAGAUACCGACGCAGGCGAUUAUCAGUGUCGGGCCAGCAAUUCGGAGGACUCGCUGGACGCUUCGGCGACGGUACAGGUUCAGGUUCCCCCGAAGUUUAUUCUCAGCCCCGACGAUAAGACUGCGUACGAGAAGGAAGAACUGGAGCUGCAAUGUUCGAUCCAUGGGAAGCCAACGCCCGUGAUUCAGUGGCUGAAGAAUGGGGACCUCAUAACGCCAAACGAAUACAUGCAGAUCGUUGGGGGCCACAAUCUGAAGAUUUUCGGCCUGAUCGGAUCCGACGCCGGGAUGUUCCAGUGCAUUGGCACGAACCCGGCCGGCAGCGUGCAAGCGGCGGCUCGACUGGAGAUCAUCGAACCAGGCCAACCGAAGCGUAACAAGGGUAAAAAGUUCCACCCGAAUCAGUCGACUAAAAUGAAAUCCUACGAAAAGCCGGUGCACUCAGACCCCAAGCUAUCCAAGGUCGUUCUGGACAGUCUACUGUCCAAGACCAAGGAGAAGGCAAAUGUGAAUCAGAACAAGUUUCAGUACGACGAAUACACGGACGAUGACUAUUUGGAGCAGGAGGAAGAGCACGACGACGAGGACGAGGACGGGAAGAUUUACUCACUGAGACCAGACGAAGACCCGAACAAGUUGUACCAGUCGUUGACCGGUUCACGGUCGGCGGAAGACGGUGGCGAAAUUGGCUAUUUUUCUAAUUCACACUAUCCUAAUGCUGUACCUUCCGCGGAACGUCCGAAAUCGCGACCAGAUGGAAGUGGAAAGUUUGCGGCGCCCCUGCCCGGACCGCCCCGUGAUCUGCAGGCGCAGAUCGUGAAGUCACGCUUCAUAACGCUCAGCUGGCUGGAGCCGGCGAAGAACCCAGACGAAGUCAUCUCGUACUCCGUGUACUACAAGAUGCACACCAGCGAUAGAGAACGCAAAAUCACCACCAAGUCACGAGACGAACAGGAAGUGAACAUCCAAUCGCUUCUCCCAGGCCAAACCUAUCAGUUUAGGGUGGUGGGAAAUAGCAACCACGGAUCGGGAGAAACUUCACAAGUUUUAGAAGUACGAACACACUCCGAGGAGAACAUUGCGGGACCACCCCUGAACGUACAAGGUCAAGCGAUAAACGAUAAGGAAAUCCAUCUACAAUGGGACCCUCCGUUGGUAUCGACGGCCGAGAUAUCGAAAUAUCGCAUUUACUAUGCGGAAAUCGAUAACGGAGAUGAGAUGUACUCCGAUACGACAUCCACCGAAAUAGUGAUCAACGAAUUGAGACCUUACACCGAGUACACAUUCUACGUGGUUCCCUGGAAUCAGAUGGGUAUGGGAGAUCCAUCGCAUGAAGUUUUACUCAAAACCCAUUCUUCAAUCCCUUCUGAACCGCCAUCCAACGUAAGCUUGGAGGCAACGAGUUCUACCUCGGUAACGAUACGGUGGCAGCCGCCUCCAGUCGAGGACCGCAAUGGACAGAUAACCGGAUACAAGAUCCGUUAUCGAAAAAAUAAGAAACCGUUACAGGUGGAGACCACCCCGGCGAACGUUCGACACUGGGAGCUGAAGGGAUUGGAACGACUCUCGGCGUAUCAGGUGAAAAUCGCUGCCAUGACGGUCAACGGCUCGGGACCAUUCACCGAGUGGCAUCACAUCGAGACGUACGAGAAUGAUUUGGACGAAUCGCAGGUUCCCGGACAGCCGGGAUGGAUCAAAACACGACCUGGCGCUGAGAGUAUCACAGUUACAUGGGCACCGCCGAUCCACCAAGAGAUUAAGGUUCGGAACUACGUUCUCGGCUGGGGUAAAGGAAUUCCGGAUGAAGACGCAACCGAUGUGGAAGAGCACAUCCGAAUGUUGGAGAUUCGUAAUCUGGAACCAAACACGGAGUACGUUAUAUCGCUCCGGGCGAGAAACAAUAUGGGCGAUGGUCCGCCAAUAUACGAUACGGUGCGUACUAGGGAAGAUUCGCCCAUAGAAGCACCCACUCCACUGGAAGUGCCCGUCGGACUGCGAGCUAUUCCAAUGUCGGGCACUUCGAUUGUUGUUUACUGGACGGACACCACUUUGAGCAAGAGUCAGCACGUUACCGACAAUAGAUAUUACGUGGUGAAGUACACACCAACCGCCACCGCCACAAGGUUUAGGUAUUACAACACCACCGAUUUGAACUGCAUGAUCGGUGAUCUUCGCCCUAACACACAGUAUGAGUUUGCCGUGAAAGUGGUCAAAGGCCACCGCCAGUCGGCCUGGUCGAUGUCCGUUAUUAAUUCUACGCAUCAAGCUUCCUCGGUUUCACCGCCUCGAGAUCUAACGGUAACUCAUGAUGGUAGGAAUCCGCUUGCCGCCAUUCUUCAGUGGCAGCCACCCAGGCACAGCAAUAGUCCCAUCACCGGCUACGUUGUACUGUACACAACCGACCCGAACAAACGAGAUCGUGACUGGAAUGCUGAAGCCGUGGUCGGUGACAAAACCAGCGCCGAAAUCACCGGUCUUGAACCCCACACAACGUACUAUUUCAAAGUACAAACACGCAACUCCAAAGGUUACGGUCUCUUCUCAGCGAUGGUUUCACAAACGACAGGCGCCGAGCUGGAUUCCAGUGAAAAUCUGUCCAUGCCCAAAUCCAUCUCACCGGAGAUGGUGUACGUGAUAGUAGGAUUCUCGAUUCUGACCGCUGUGAUAGCGGUUGCGGUCGUUAUUCUGCUGUGCCGGAAGAAACCCGAAAGCACUCCGGAACAUGCGAAAAAGAGUUAUCAGAAAAAUAAUGCUGGCAUAAUUAAGCCACCGGAUCUGUGGAUUCAUCACGACCAAAUGGAGCUGAAAAAUAUGGACAAAAGCAAUCACAGCACCACGCCUGGAUCCGUUGAUGGCGGGGCGUCAAGUAGCGGAGCAAUGACGCUGCCGCGUUCGGUUGGAGGCCACGAGUUCGACAGUGAGACGCCGAUAUCUCAUGUGACGAACUCGCUGGACAAGAGGACCUAUGUUCCUGGUUAUACAGGCACUACGACUCCUUUGAGUUCAACCAUGGAAAGACCAUCGUAUCCACGCACUCAGUACAACAUGGCAUCCCGGCCGCAUAUAUCACUAGACCAGCAAACGCUAUCCCAGCAGAGCUUGAUCCAGCAGCCACCUCAGCUACCUCCGGCGAAUCCGAUAGUGCAAACGCCGGAAAAUCCCUACACCUACGACGGAAACUAUAGCAAUCCAAACGCUACAUACGCGCCCGGAAUGGCCGUCGAUAUCCCAAAACGGGGGCAAGGUCAUCCACUGAAAAGCUUCAGCGUGCCAGCCCCACCUUCUUCGACGCCAGUUAUCAGUAGCCAAGGAAAACAUGCACAAACUCCUUCGGUCACGAUACGCCCCCAGAACUCAUCCCCGUACAAAAAGCCCUCGCUGUCCACCAACUCGCUGACGAACCGACUGCAAACAGGUCCAGCGGUGCAGCAUUCCACGGACGAAAUCCAGCGGUUGGCUCCCUCCACUUCAACCGAGGAACUGAACCAGGAGAUGGCCAAUCUCGAGGGCCUCAUGAAGGAUCUGAGUGCAAUAACGGCCAACGAGUUUGAGUGCUAAUAGAGGGCCACACCAGCCACCAGCCAAGCCGAGCGGGACGCGAGCGAAUGAGUGUGUGAGUGCUCGAUGGUUGAAGGUCCGUCAGCUUCAUCUACCAGACGGUGAAGUUUCUCUAUUUGACGGACCUUGCCACAAAGUGAUGAACUUUUUAGUCAUUAUUAAUUUAAUGUAAAGUUGUUUUGAAUCCGCUUUAUUGUGCUUAAUCGCGGAGGAAGCCGAGGGAAUCAUGUAUUCGAACGCUGUGGGUUCUUCCAACACCUAGGAACCUGAUUGAUUUUUCGAAUACUUUAGGAAUAAUCUUAUUUAUUUUACUUUCGUCCCGAUCGACUAUCGUCUUACGAAUGGGCCAGAAAAAGGAAACAAAUCGUCUCGGCUUCUUCGUUAACUGUUUUGUCCUCUCUCUAUAACGAUGUCGCGUAAGAUAAUUCCUAAAAGCAAACUGUAAAUAAAGCAAAUUAGUUGUUAAGGCUAGCCAGGAGAAGGUGACGCAACCACAAAUAAACUUACAAUGGUCGCUCAUCUUUUCAUACUCCUCUUUAAGAUAUUUUAUCGAGAAGUCCGAACUAUAAACAGAAUUUUAUACCCAGUGAUUUUAAUUUUAAAAAACGAAUUAUUAGCGCAUAUGAUUUUAGAAAAAUGAUAGAAAAGAAUGCAUUUAUUAGGAUCGAAACAAAAGUGGCGACACAAUGGUACACAAACAGACACAAACAGUACCCAGGGAACAAUAUGAAACAAAACCGGACAAAUGAGCGAUAUCAAAUAUUUAGGUUCAGAGCUGCAUAAUUUGCGCCAAAGUUCGAAGUAAAAAUUAAGCAUUCAACUCAACUGCCAUACAAGUUUCUUUCACCAAACACUCUCGAGUAGCUUAGAUAAAUUGCUUCUAUUUUCUGUAAUCACGUUAAUUAAUUUUCAGUGGAAGCAAAAUAACUCUCAUCAUAAAUCAUCAUACAUUUUCUCGUCAUCGUAUCUGUAUAUUGUAUUUUCUUAGGCAGCGAAAGAUAACCUCUGAGCUAUCAUCGAGUAUUCAAAAAUGUAUGUAUAACAUCGUAUAUCAAACAUAAACACGACGGACAACACCCCCCAUAAGCCAUCUCCCCUCAUUACGCACGCAACAAAUACAAAGGCCAAGGGAUCACAUUCACACUCACCGAAUUUAAUCAUAAAGCAUCACCCACAAUCACAACAUUCACUUACUCAUACCUAGAGAAACGUAGCACUUUUUGAAAGAAAACGAAAAAUUCCAAAAACUUUUAUACGUAUUAUUAUACAAAAAAUAUAGUCACGUGAGAAUGGAAAUGGAAGAGAGCAAAGUGCAGACUUUUAACCAAAUGAUUGCCAGAUAUGAGACAACAAUACUAAACAAAACGAGCAAAAACAAACGACAACAAGCCUAACUAGUGUUUUAGUGAAAUAUGUAAAUCAAAUCGAACUCAAACAUUCAUUCGGUCUCUCUCUCUCUCUUAUAACGUGUAAUGCAAAAUUAAACCAUUGGUUUCCUUUUCCACAAUCAAAACUUCCCGUUAACCUCCUAUUGGCUGCUAGAUAAAAGAAAUUUGAACGCGCGUAAUUUUAGUCUAUGCCUGUGUAAAUAUAAAACAAUAUGGAAUCGUAUUUAUUGAUUAUUGCACUUUUACCAACGUCGAACUCCUGUCGUGUUCGGUGCUGGCGGAUGCGAACCUAUCGAGAGAGAAUACUACUAUCAUCCUUGUCGGCUACUAGGGCACGAACUUUGCGAAGUUUGUUCCGGUGGUUUGCUAUCGAGAAAUAGAUCCAUGUUUACAAACAUCGGACACCAAGCGAAUCAAAAGUAGCAAACCGCCGGCAAACGAAAAACGGAUGAAGGAUGCGUUUCGAAUUAUUAGUGUAUGGUAUAAUUUUUCUACUGCGUAUUGUAUUUGUACAAUUUUGUAAGCGAAAAGGAAGAUACAGCGUCAAAGCAAAACAAAGUGGAUAGGAAAAUAAAUUUAAAAAUAAUUGAA